UGGUGCUGGCUGACGCUGUCUUGCGGCAUAAUUAUAACCUAACCUGUUUCUCGUCUGCGUCUCGUUAUUUAGAAUUAGACAGUUUAGACCGUGUUAAUACUAUCUUUAACUUCAUAAACAUGACAGAAAAAUCACAACAAACGCUCUUUCAAAUCGCUGUUGAAUUCAUUAUUUAAGGACAUCUUUUAAAAAACUACCUUUAAUUCAUCUCUCGAUAUGGAUAUCCCAAAACCCCCACAGGAUAUUGAACUGAAAAACAUCAUUGACAAAUUGGCCAAAUUUGUUGCUAGAAAUGGCCCAGAGUUUGAACAGAUGACGAAAAAUAAACAAAAAGGAAAUGCUAAAUUUAGCUUUCUCUUUGGCGGUGAAUUUUUCAACUACUAUCAGUAUAAAGUUACUACUGAGCAAGCAAUUUUAAAACAGAAGAACCAAAAUGCCAACGUCGGCACUGGACCGCAGGGACUAAAUGUAAUCCUCAACAACCAGGGUCAACCUUCCCUCAACAUCGGAGAUAUGUCAAACGUAAGGGAUUGUGAAACCUCAUCCAUUCCUUACCCCCAUGAUCCCAACCAUCCUUUCCUCAACUGCAAUGCCUACUAUUACCUCUAUGCCAGAAGUUUUCUUGGUCCUGUUCCCCAUCCCGUAACAGACAGUGCAGCUAUCGGUCAGUCGCUGGUGCAAUGGCUGGCUGCUCAACAGAGUCAGGCGCAGGCAGCUGUGGUGGCCCAGACGCCAGUACAGGCACCUCCGGCCACCUCACUGCGGACGAUGGAACAGCUGACGUCCCAGCAGGCGGCUCUACACGACCAAAUACUGGAGAGUGAACAGAACCUCAACGCUCAACACUCGGUGCUUAUGCAACAGCAGGAAGUUGCGAUUGAAGAAGCGAUUCAAAAGGCACAAAAAGAACAUAUGAAUGCCGAGGCGACCGAAUGUAGUCUCAACUUUGCCGAGAUGGACGCAAUCCUGCAGCCAAUUAUUGAUUCCUGCACCAAGGAUUCCAUAUCUUCUGGGAAAGCUUGGAUACUGCAAAGGGCGACUGGCAAGAAGAUAAAUAGCGUUAUUGCUUCCUACCUUUUGUCUAAGCUUCUUGAAGAUAAGAGAACCUUUAACCAUAAACUACACAUCAUAUAUCUUGUCAAUGAUAUUCUGCAUCAUUGUGCAAGAAAGAAUAGUGGAGAAGAUCUAAAGAAGGCUUUGGAGUUAGUGGUUGUGCCGAUGUUCUGUAAUGCAGCCUCCAUGAAUGCUACUGAGGAACAAAAAGCAAAAUUGAACAAGCUGCUCAACCUUUGGGAGACGAAACACCACUAUUGUUCGCCCGAGAUUGUGGCAAAGCUGAAGACUCCGGUAGAGUCGUGGCAGCAGUACAAAGCGGAGUUGAGGAGUCAACACAACGACGCGGUGCAGAACAUCACCAACAACACAAAGACAACGUUCCACAGCUACCAGAGUCAGCAUCAGGCGUUUGUGACACACGCGCUGCAACAGAUACAGACGAUAGAACAACAAAAACAGACACUUGAGAGUCAAAACCAAGCAGCCGCAGCUCUAGCGGCCAGCGCUGCCGUCAGUCUACCUUCAACUGAACCUCCCGGUGUGACGACCCAGCCAGAUCAGCUGUUGCAACAUCAGCUGAUCUCCCAACCACCUCAGCAUCUGUUGCCUCAGCAACAGUCUCAGCAACAGCUGUUGCAACUGCAGCAACAGGCAAUCAGCCAGAUGACAGCUGAGCAGAACCAUAGUCUGGGCUCCUCAAACCACCUCCAAGACCACGGACUGCCUCAGUCCGGGAUCGACGGGAUACCCGGGUUCCCGACUGCUCCACCUGACUUGGGUGUCCAGUUCACCCAACCUCCCCCAGGAUUCUUACCCACAUUUCCUCCUCCGGGGCCAGGUAUAGAGUUGCCAGAUCUGUCCAGACCCCCGCCUGGGUUCCACCUCCCCCCGCCACCCCCCAUCAUGCAGCCUGAGGUCAUGCCAGAUGAUCUGCUACCCUCACUCCCCUACUAUGAUCUCCCAGCAGGGCUUAUGGUUCCUCUAAUUAAGCUAGAAGACUGCCACUACAAACCCUUGGAUCCUGAGUCCAUCAGACUACCUCCACCAGCGCCUCCUAGUGAAAGACUGUUGGCUGCUGUCAAAUCUUUCUAUGCUCCUCCUGGCCACGACCAUCCUCGGGACAGUGACGGCUGGGAGAAAUUAGGUCUGUAUGAGUAUUACCGAGCGAAAAAUUCUGCUAAGAAGAGGAAAGAAGAUGACAUCUCAAAUGGGAUCAGAGAAAGAUCGAGGUCUCCUUCUCCCAUCACCAGGCCAAGGUCACGAAGCCGAACACCUCCCUCUAAGAAGAGAUAUCGGAGUCGGAGCAGAUCAAAGUCUCGGGGUCGAGAGUCUAGGAGUCCGCCACGUCGAAACAGCAACAGCAGUCGACGAGAAGCUCGUAGAAGUCGGACAGGAAGUCGACGGGACAGGUCUCGGUCUAGGUCUAGGUCAAGAUCACGGACACCACCAGUCAAUAAAGAGCGAAGUCCUACACCACCUCCAGCUUCAUUUAUACAGCCGUACAGGAAUCCUACGACGGAGAAGUUAGACGAGAGCAACAAGGGCCACCAGAUGUUGCGCAAGAUGGGCUGGGGAGGCGCAGGGCUAGGGGCAAAGGAACAGGGCAUCGAGGCGCCUAUCUCCGGCGGAGAGAUCCGAGAUAGAAUUGACCAAUACAAGGGCGUUGGAAUAAACUUGAAUGAUCCAUACGAAAACUUUCGUAAAAGUAAGGGUCAAGCUUUUAUCACAAGGAUGAAAGCAAGAGCAGAAGAAAGAUCGUAGUUUUAGGUACUUAUUCGUGGUUUUAACUGCAAGUCAUAGAUUAUAUUUAAUGUGUAAUUUUAAUAAACAGUAAAUAUUAUGGUGUA